AUGGGGGCAGAGGAUCCAUCAACUUCCGUGAGGAAGUACUUUAAGCCAGUGAAGAAUAUUUAUGCAGAGCUUCUUGCAGUGAAGAAGAAAAGGGGCAGGCCAAAAGGUUCUACUAAGAAGUUAUGUGUGGAUGAAGAUGUUGCAGAAAAUAACUCUGUUCUGAAUGAAGAAGCUCUGCCUGGGACAGAAGAAGGACCAGAAGUGGCUGAAGUCUCACCAGGCAGCUUGGAAUGUAGGAAAUGCAAUCGGAAGUUCUCUAAUAUGCGUCAGCUGAGGAAACAUAUCUGCAUUAUUGUUUUGAAUGAAGGAGAAGAGGAAGGAGAUGGAGGUAAUGAUUCUGACGUUGACCUUGACAGGAAGGAAGAUGAGCGAGAAAAAACUCCAAAGAGGCCCAGAGUACAGAAAACAGAGAAAACUCCAUCGACUAAGGAGACUGAGCAGGUUCCAGGGGCUAAAAAUCCUAUAAUAAGUGUGGUUUUGACAGCCCAUGAAGCUAUUCCAGGAGCCACAAAAAUUGUUCCAGUUGAGGCUGCUCCCCAAGAAAGUGAACCCAAUACUCCAGAAACAGUGGUUCAAGACCCAUCACACCGAAGAGGAUAUCAAGAAUAUGCAAUUCAACAGACGCCCUAUGAGCAGACAAUGAAAUCAAGCAGGUUAGGUCCAACUCAACUGAAGAUCUUUACAUGUGAAUACUGCAAUAAGGUGUUCAAAUUCAAACACUCCCUCCAAGCGCAUUUGAGGAUUCAUACAAAUGAAAAACCAUACAAGUGUUCAUACUGCAAUUAUGCCAGUGCAAUCAAAGCCAAUCUUAAUGUUCACAUGCGGAAACAUACAGGGGAGAAAUUUAGCUGUGACUAUUGUACGUUCACAUGUCUCAGCAAAGGCCAUCUCAAAGUCCAUAUUGAAAGAGUUCACAAGAAAAUAAAGCAGCAUUGUCGCUUCUGCAAAAAGAAAUACUCAGAUGUUAAAAAUUUGAUCAAGCAUAUCAAGGAAACACAUGACCUUCAAGAUAAGAAGGUGAAAGAUGUUUUUGACGAGCUUCGCUUGAUGACAAGAGAGGGCAAAAGACAACUUCUUUAUGACUGCCAUAUUUGUGAACGCAAAUUUAAAAAUGAACUCGAUCGAGACCGUCACAUGCUUGUCCAUGGUGAUGAAAGGCCCUUUGCUUGUGAGCUCUGUGGUCAUGGAGCAACUAAAUACCAAGCUCUUGAGCUUCAUGUUCGCAAACACCCAUUUGUCUAUGUGUGUUCUGUGUGCCUGAUGAAAUUUGUCAGUUCUGUAAGACUCCGUGCUCACAUCAAAGAAGUACAUGCAGAUUUGCAGGAAACUUCUGUUUUUAAUAGUUCUAUCAAUCAAAGUUUCUGCCUGCUUGAGCCAGGAGGUGAUAUACAGCCAGAAGCACUUGGUGAACAGCUAUCACAAACUGCAGAUGAAUUGACUAUGAUGAGUACUAAUGCUGUUACCACACCAUCUACUUGCACAGAUGAAUCGAUAGCUGCAGAUGUGAACCAUAAUGAUCAGCAUAAUGGUGACUUAAAAACUAAUUCCGUUUCUUCCUUAGAAUGUGAAAAUCCUCUGGUAGAGAACAUAGGAGAGACUGUCUGUGAGGCAUCAACAGAGACAGCAGUCACAAACAUUCAAUCCUGUGUAAUGUCAGAUUGCUUUCUGCUGAAAAAUGGCACCUCUGCUCCUGAUGAGUUAAAAGAUUCUGCUGCACAUGGAGAAGAAUCUGAUCACUGCAGUUCUGUAAAUGAACAGGGUGAAGAAAUUCAGCUUUUGUUCUCUGAGGAUGCAAGUUUAAAUGUGAGUCAAAACAGUGCAGUGACUGAGGAUCUUUCAGUUUCUGAAGAGAAAAAUCAGUCUGUUUCUUCUAGUGAAUCAGAAACAAGCAAUCCAUCAGUUCAGAACUCAACAGGAACAACUGACCCUUUGCUAGCACCAGAUGCUAAUGCAGCCGUCAGUCCACAGGCAGCCUCUUCUGAUGCAGAUAAAUCAGAUAAUCGGAGCGGAGCUGUUGCCUUUAUGCAGAUCUUGAAUAGCUUACAGAAGAGACAAAUGAACACAGAGUUGUGUGAGAGGAUAAGGAAGGUUUAUGGAGAUUUGGAAUGUGAAUACUGUGGCAAGUUAUUUUGGUACCAAGUACAUUAUGACAUGCAUGUUCGUACGCACACUCGAGAACAUUUAUAUUAUUGCUCCCAGUGCAGUUACUCUUCCAUCACCAAAAACUGCCUUAAGCGUCACGUCAUUCAAAAACACAGCAAUAUUUUGCUGAAAUGUCCUACAGAACAUUGUGACUACUCUACUCCAGAUAAAUACAAGCUACAGGCACAUCUUAAAGUUCAUUCUGAGCUGGAUAAAAAGAGUUAUUCGUGUCCUGUGUGUGAGAAGUCAUUUUCUGAAGAUCGACUUAUAAAAUCACACAUCAAGAUAAAUCAUCCUGAGGUUUCGAUGAGUACCAUUUCUGAGAUUCUUGGCAGAAGAGUUCAGUUGAAAGGACUUAUUGGAAAACGAGCUGUGAAAUGUCCCUAUUGCGAUUUUUAUUUUAUGAAGAAUGGGUCAGACCUUCAGCGUCACAUUUGGGCUCAUGAAGGUGUCAAACCCUUCAAAUGUUCUCUCUGUGAGUAUGCCACUCGCAGCAAGAGUAACUUGAAAGCUCAUAUGAAUCGUCACAGCACUGAGAAGACACACCUUUGUGAUAUGUGUGGGAAAAAGUUCAAAUCAAAAAGCACUUUGAAGAGCCAUAAACUCCUUCAUACUGCUGAUGGAAAGCAGUUUAAAUGUACAGUAUGUGAUUAUACAGCUGCUCAAAAGCCACAACUCCUACGUCAUAUGGAACAACAUGUCUCUUUCAAGGUAAGAAAACAAAAGUUGUCGUUAUUGAUAAUAUUCAGAAAUACAUGGAACUUCAGGCAAUAGUUUCAAAACUAGCAC